AAUGCCUCAUCAUACUAACACAGUGAAAAUUCAUUUUGGUUGUCUCUGAAACGAACAUCACACAAAAUUGCAUCCUAUGAUCUGGGUCAUCCUCAUUCAAAACAUGAAGCAGAUAAGGUUUCCAUGGACUGUAGGUUGCAGAUGUUUCAUUCUCUAGGCCUGUCCCACUUUAUGGGGCCCCAACACAAAAGUGCCAUGCAUUGUGUGCAUCUCUAGUGUGAAGAGUUUACAGGAACCUUCGGUGCAGCAUUAUUGGCAGCUUCCAGGCCUAUAUAGGCACACCUCUACUUGAAGAUGCUGGGCCCACCGAAUUUAAUAAUACCUGUGAUUAUGUGGGGAAGGCAGGCACCUUCCCAUUGUAUCUCCCAGGUGCUCCUUUCCAAGGAUCAGCGGCUGCUUGUCACCGGCUCCCAUGAUGGCCAGCUCGUCCUCUGGGAUGUGGAACCCCAAACAUUCCAGACCUACCAGAUGAGUGAGACGAAGGAAGUGGUUCUGUUCUGCAAUGGAUUUUAUCCAGAGAUCUUCCUCCUAGAUCCCUUGAGCCUUGAGGUAAGGCUUACAUUGUCUUCCAAGUUCAAUCCUGACUGGAUUAGUGCCCUCCACGUCCUGAAGCCAGUUCGGAGGCCAGGUUAG